AUGCCUUGCCUACUGAAAGACAUCCUCUGUGUAAUCAAGACAUUCCACAAGUAUGCCAGGGAGUAUGUUGGAGAGGCAACACUGACCUGCAGAAAGCUGAAACAGCUAAUUCAGAAUGAGUUUGGGGACAUUCUUCAGCCACCUACAAACAAAUUGCUCUCUCACUGUGUUUUCAUGUAACCACAUGCCAUUCAUGUUGUCGAGAGACACUUGAAUCUACUGGAUAUUGACAGUGAUAACAUCAUCAAUUUUGAUGAAUUUCCUCUUGCCAUCUUUAACUUGUUGAACCUCUGUUAUCUUGACAUACACUCAUUACUAAAUUCAGAACCAAGAAAAGUGUUUAAACCAGAGCACAAGCCAGAUGAUAUUGACCUUCAGGGAAUCAGUGGAACUUAUCCACAGACAGAGGAAACUCCACCAACUCAGGACAAAAUGGUGCUUCCUUCAGAAAUGGCAUCAUCAGCUCAGUUUAGUCCUAAGGAAAGGGGAGCAGUUGGACACCAUAGGAUAGACCCACAGGGAGACACCAAGGCUCACAGACUGCCAGUAGAAGCAUCUGAACACAAUGACCCUAAGAACCGACACCUGGAAGGAGAUAAACAGAGCUAGGACAUGGCCCAGUUUGUAUCAGCAACAGGAGACAGGGCCCAGCCUGAGAUAAAUAAGCCAAUGGCAGGAUCAGAAUAGACCGGCAGUCCUAUAAAGGGGGAGGGGCAGGAGGAGAUCCCCAGGGAGGGAGAUAUGCCCCGCACGGAGCAAAGUGGCACAAAGACAAGAGAAUUUGGAGAACAGAAAGCGAACCUGGGAACCCAAAGUUUACCAGAAGAAAAAACACAGAGGCCGUCUGCAGAUCAGGAAGUUGUGGCAGAAAAGAGUGUUAAGGAACACUCUAAAAUACAACCACCACCACUGCAAGAUGAGUCCAGUUCAGAGCAUGCUGACCUGCCAGAACAAGGUAGUGCCUGGAAACCAGUCCAGGCACAGAAAUCAACUGAUCCUGAGGAUGUUGGUAAAACACCUGAGACCCAGGAACUGUCAUAACAAGAAAAAGAACAUGAAAUGAAGGACCUACUAAUCCGACGUGACAGCAGAAAUGUUUCAGAAACACCCAGUGUUAGAGCUGAAAGGAAAGGCUGGAGGGGCUCUGGGACCCAUGGGACAGCAGGACAGGAAGAAAGCAAGAGGAAAACCCAGUCACCAGCCCUGGGAGACCAAACACAGAGCGGGAAGUAUCAGCAACUCCAGGAAUCAUCAAAAGAAAGGGAUGCCAAAGAAGGUUCCAUAACACAAGAGUUAAACUCGGGAGGAGGAGAGCAGAAUCAUCCUGAUAUUGAAGGUACAGUCACCCCAAGGGAAGAGGCCAGACACGGUGAGGAAGGCAUAGCAGAAGCACUUGUGGGCAGCAAGCAUGCCCCUGCAGCAGAAGGGACACCAGGAGCGACAGAAGGAAUAAAGGAGAUGGCACCACUUGAAAACUGUUUGGAAAAGAGUAAGAGGGUCACCAAGACUCAUGACAAGCCAAUCAAGGAGGACAAUGGUUACCAGGGGGAGGAUCCUGAGCUAACCGUCACAUAGAAUGAUGAGGGGUCUUCCAAAACCCCCAACAGCCUGACUCUAGAGGAUGGUAACAGCAGCUCAGAUACAACUGACCUACCUGUGCAAGGGAAUUCCCAGAGCCAAGCAGACCCACUCAAACAGUCUGGACAAAGAAGUCAUAAUAAUAACCCAUACAUCCGGAAACAGGUAGCAGUGGGUGAGAAAAACAGAACUCAGGAGGUAGUGGGGCUGGAAGUCAGAGGAGAGGAAAUGUAGCUCACUAGGAAACUGGAGUGGCCUGCCAGAGAAGAGCACAAGAGUGAGGGCUCGGGGCCCAAAGUUGGACCCAGCUGCACGCCUGGUGGACACCAAGAGGCACAGGAGUCAAAGACCACAGGUGCCCUGGAUGCAGGCUUCACUGGUCCAUUCUAUAAGGAAGACAGAAGAAAAGAGCUAGAGGUCCAGGGCCCAAGCACUAAAGAAAGAGAAGGUAAAGCACCAGAGAACCAAGAGGUUCUAGUGAAAAGUCUGGACAAGGGCAAUUUAGCCUCUCCCAAGACACACCUUGAAACAGAGGAACCUGCAACACUGGAGGAGGAUGAGAGCCCCCAGGAGCUGGCAGGAGAAGGUAGUGACCAACAACUUCCAGCCAAGAGAGGACACAACGCUUCAGUUCCCCCCUCAGGCCUUGAAGAGAGGAUGCAGAGGGAACAAGAACCCUGUUCUGUGGAGAGGGCUGUGGUCUACUGCAGUCCACUGUUCAGGCCACAGUAAAUAGACACAACCCAAGAGGAGCAUCAAAUCAAGCUUACAGCCACAGUAUCAAACCCAGAGUUCUGUAACAAGUUAGAUAUAUCCCUCAGCAGUGAAAUCUCAGAUUGUCCUGUCUUUUUCAAUGACAGCCAAGAAUUACAACUGUACAUUUGGCAACUUCUGUCUGAUGAGGAUCCUGCUGAUGCACAGCACAUAUCAGCUCCCCAGGCCUUGGAAGAUAAGCAGGGCCAUCCUCAGAAGGAGGAACCAGUACCACAAAGGGAGAUGAGCACAACAAUGCAUUGAAUCAUUAUCACUAUUAUUAUCCAAGGAGAAACUCCAAGGAACUUUACACAUCUCAACAUGCCCCAGACUUCUUCCCUCCCAAUCACUCUCAAUACUUCCAUGCAUGUAUUCAGAUGCAGAUUAAUAAUCCUUUAAA